CUCUCUCUCUCUCUCUCUCUCUCUCUCUAAACCAAAAAGCCAAAAAAACUAUCAUCAUGGAUGCGAGAAAACGAUGCUGAAAACGAUUUAACCGAAACCAGAUCAUACGCUUAAAGGGAAAAAUCAACCUCUCUCUUCUUCUCUGAGAAGAGAGAGAGAGAGAGAGAGAAUGUGAAAAGAAAAACUAUCCCAUGAAGUUAGCAUUAAAAAUUACUCUGUUUUUUUUCCUCUGUUUUUCCUUCAAUUUUGAAACAGAGCAAACGAAAACAAAAAAAGAUUAUAAUUGAAAACCCAGAAAGAAGAAGAGAGAUUGGAGCAAAUUUGUUCGAACCCAAUGCGAUUCUCGAACCCAUUUCUUCAAAAUCCCAUCUGGGUAUUCCUAAUUUCCUCUGCAUUCUUUUUCUCUUCCUCCAUCUCCGACCCUCGAAUCUUCGAGUCCGGUUUGUUUUGCAGACCUUCCAAUAGUUCCGACACCGAAAACUUCAUCCCCAACUUCAUAUCCGUGAUGGAAAGCAUCUCUGACGGCGUCAACGACAACCGGUGGGCGGCGAACAACGUCACUUCUCCGGCGCCGGCAGUUUACGCCUUUGCUCAAUGCCACGAGGAUCUCUCACCCACCGAAUGCUCGACUUGCUUUGCCGUUUCGAGGACCAAGCUCCCCCGGUGCUUGCCGGCGACAUCGGCGAGAAUCUAUCUCGACGGUUGUUAUCUCCGAUACGAUAACCACAGCUUCUAUCAAGAAUCGACGACUGGUGGGAACGAUGAUAAGGUGAGCUGUGGGGCUCCGAUUGAUGUUUGGAAAGAUGGGUACAUGAAAAUGGAGUUCGCAAGGAAGGUAAAAGAAGUGAUUGGGAAUGUCACGGAGAAAGCUGUGGGGAAUAAAGGAUUUGCUCUUUUGGGGAAGAGAGGAGGAAUUGAAGAUGUUUAUGCAUUGGCUCAGUGCUGGAAGACGCUCGAUAGUGGAGGUUGCAGGAAGUGUUUGGAAUCUGCUGGGUCUAAACUCAUGGGGUGUUUGCCUGGACAAGGUGGUAGAGCUAUGUUUCCUGGGUGUUUUUUGAGAUAUGCUACCCAGAAGUUCUAUAAUGAAGGCCCAGAUUUAGAGGAUACAGGGUUGUCCAAAUUUUGGAUUAGCAUAAUAGCCAUUCUCUCUGCGAUGGCCUUACUUUUGCUUGCUGUCUUUGGAGCUUUUGUUGGCUACAAAAGACUUUCGAAGAGCAAAAAAGUGUACAAAUAUCAGGCUGGGUUUUCAAUUUCUAUUCACAAGUCUAGUGUGAACUUCAAAUAUGAAACACUUGAGAAGGCCACAGAUUGUUUUGAUGCCUCAAAGAAAUUAGGCCAAGGUGGAGCUGGUUCUGUAUAUAAGGGAAUUCUUCCCGAUGGGAGAGCUGUUGCUGUAAAAAGAUUGUUCUUUAAUACACGGCAAUGGGUGGAUGAGUUCUUCAAUGAGGUAAACCUUAUUAGCGGAAUUGAACAUAAGAACCUCGUUAAGCUUUUGGGUUGCAGCAUUGAAGGUCCUGAAAGCCUUCUUGUUUAUGAGUAUGUACCCAAUAGAAGUCUCGACCAAAUCCUUUUUGUUAAGAACUCAAACAAUAUUCUAAGCUGGAAGCAGAGAUUUGAUAUCAUCUGUGGAACAGCCGAAGGCCUAGCGUAUCUUCAUGGAGGUUGUGAUAUGAAAAUCAUCCACAGGGACAUAAAAACCAGCAACAUUCUCCUCGAUGAGAAUCUUAUACCAAAGAUUGGUGAUUUUGGACUUAUUCGAUGUGUUGGCUCAGAUGAAAGUCAUGUUACCACAGGAAUUGCUGGGACACUGGGAUAUAUGGCACCUGAAUAUCUUGUUAGUGGGCAGCUAACCGAGAAGGCUGAUGUUUAUGCCUUUGGAGUGCUGGUUCUUGAGAUUGUAUGCGGUAGGAAGAAUAGCGUUUUCACUCUAGGGUCAAGCUCAGUUUUGCACUCUGUAUGGAAGAAUUACAGGGCAAACAAUAUAGUUGAAGCAGUCGAUUCCAAUUUGAAAGGCACUUUUCCGAUAAAAGAGGCAUCGAAUGUGCUUCAAAUCGGGCUUCUCUGCACACAAGCUUCUCUUACAUUUAGACCAUCCAUGUCUGAGGUAGUUCAAAUGCUAACUGAUAUAGAAUAUGCAAUUCCCUCACCAAAGCAACCUCCAUUCUUGAAUGCUAGUGUACUGACUUCUGAGAACUCUCGGACUUCUGAUAUAAACUCUUUUGUCUCAUGUAAGCAUGAGCAAUCCACAUCUCAAAUAUUGUCUCCUAAUGCCAAAUCCACCAUGGCCAGUAUUCGAGAAUCGAUUUUCUCAUCGGCAUUGGAAUUGUCUGAGCCAACUUAGACAGAACUUGAAUUCUCUUUAAAGAUUUAUUGUAUAUAUAUGUAUAUUCAAGAACACAACUUGACAGCCUGAUAAUUUAGAGGAAGAGAUAUGAAAGUGUAUGUAUGAGAGAGCUGGUUCUAAGUUUGUGAUUACAAAGUAGUAGGAUUUGGGCUUGUAAAUGAAAUGAGAGAAUGUUGGAUAUAGAAGGUUUUGUCUUGUAGGUAGGGUUUACGGCUUUUUGUUUUAUUUAUUUAUUGUUAGUAUAGGGAUAAAGAAGAGAGAUUGAUAAUACAAGUAAAAAUUUUGGUGGAGUUAGCUUUAUAAUUUGUAUUUAUAUAUUUGUUUGGUAUGUAGAAAUAUAUAGAUUUCAAAUACAUUACUUUUUUAUGUUCUUGUUA